UGGGCUGUCCCGGUUGCUGAGCGUCGCCGGUUGGUCGCGGCUCGGAGUCCGGUAGCGGCUCCUUGGUCCAGGCGGUGCAGGAGGGAGCAAGACCCGGCAGGCCGGUGAAAAUGAUUCUCUGCCCCCCGAGCACGGAGCCUGCCCCCCGCGGAAAACAGUGCCAGAGGCUGCAGGCGGCAAAGAUGAGUGCCAGCGACAAAGAGCGGACUCCCCAGUUGCUCUUUGUGAAAGCCUUGGCCAGCAGAGGGCGCCUCGAGGCCAUCGCCCAGCAGAUGGGCUACCACCCGCAGUACCUGGACAGCUUCCUCCGGAUGCAACAUUACCUGUUGCACAUGGACGGCCCUUUGCCUUUCGACUGCCGCCACUACAUUGCUAUCAUGGCCGCUGCCCGGCACCGGUGUCGGUACUUGGUGAAUCUCCACGUGCUGCAGUUCCUGAGGGUGGGCGGUGACCCCCUGUGGCUGCGGGGCCUGGAUUACAUCCCCCCCAAACUCCGCAAGCUCAGUGAAAUUAACAAGAUCCUGGCGCACAGGCCCUGGCUCGUGGGCAAGGAGCACAUUGAGAAGCUGCUGAAGAUCAGCGAACAGAGCUGGUCCCUGGCUGAGCUGGUCCACGCCGUCGUGCUGCUGGCCCACUACCACGCGCUGGCGAGCUUUGCUUUCGGCUGCAGCUGCGAACAGGACGUCUGCCCGGAGGGAAGGGGCUUGCUGAAGCUCACUCUCCCGGGGAACCUGUGCUUCUGUGAAGUGGGCAACAGCUGUGGCCAUGAGCUGCUACAUCUCAACCGGAAGCGGUCCUUGGAUUCCUGCGUGGAACUGGAGUCUCUGCGGGAGCGCAUUCACAGGCUGCAAGUGGAGAGCGAGGCCCGGGAAGAGCUGAGGCCGCCUGACCGUGACGAAGGUCCCGAUGGAGCAAUCUCUGGUGCUGUGGAUCUCUCCUGUUACGUUCAGGACCCAAACUUUGGUUAUCAGGACUUUGCCCAGUGUGAUGAGGACCAGCCGCAGAUAUUUCGUGUGCAGGACUACUCCUGGGAAGACCACGGCUUCUCGCUGGUGAACAGGUUGUACUCUGACAUCGGGCAUCUGCUAGACGAGAAAUUCCGGAAGGUCGACGGACUCCAGAGCUGUUCGAUGGCCAAGCGGCAGGGCUGUGAACAUGCCACCUUCAAGCGUGGCAUCUGGAACUACAUCCACUGCAUGUUCGGCAUCAGGUAUGACGACUACGACUACGCAGAGGUGAACCACUUCUUGGAGCGGAUACUCAAGCUCUACAUCAAAACUGUGACAUGCUCCCCAGAGAAGAUGAACCCGGAGAUGUUUGAGCGCUUCUGGAAGCAGUUCAAGCACAGUGAAAAGGUCCAUGUGAAUCUCCUCAUCUUGGAAGCCCGGCUGCAAGCGGAGCUGCUGUACGCGCUCCGUGCCAUCACUCACUACAUGGUCUCCUAGAGGGCUGCUGGUUCCACCCCCCACCCCAUCCCUUGGACUAGGAUGGCAUUGGCCGACCACGUUUACUUGACCACUUCCCCUUCCCCUCCGAGAUGGGAGGAGAGAGAGAGGUUUCCUCCCAUCUUCAUGUGCAAUUGCUGGAUGCAUCCGACGGCAUUGGGAGCUGUUUCUGCCCCCCCCCCACUCCUGUGGGCAGGUGUGUCUGCGAAGGGUGUGGCAAGCUGCAAGGUGACUCGUUGUGUGUGUGUGUGUGUGUGUGUGUGUGUUUGGGGAGGGGGCGUCAUUGCAGUUUCCUGCGUCAUUGGUCAGCUCCUAGCAACUCCGUGUGGAGCCCAGCGGCCGUUACAGUAUUAGAAGACCCUCUUCUUGCCCAUGUGCCAAUUUCUGCUGCUCAUCCUCAUGCCAACUUGACCCACGGGGGGGUGGGGUGGGGAGGUGUUCCACCAGGCUUGGCGGUGCCCUCGUUCGGACUGGGAGGUGGCCGUCUGCCUGGCCUUCUGGAAGAUGUGCUCCGGGCUCAUGGAGAAAGUGCAUCUUGACUGCCUGCUGGUCUGGUCUCACGCUGCGAUGAGGAGAGGGUCUACAGCCAUCUCCCCCAACCUGGUGCCCUUCAGGUGUGCUGGACCACAACUCCCAGGAUCCCGCAGCACAUCUCGAGGGCACCAGGCUGGGGAGGGCUGGUGUAUAUAUACCCUCUCCUCUCUCUCUCUCUCUUCCGAGUUGUCCUCAGUGGUCAGACUGUUUCCAAGCUCCCCUCCUUCCACAAGCCUCCUAAACUCUCCGGACCUGUAGCUUCCCCCCACCUGCCCUCUUAAUACUUGAAGUUCCCCCCGCACCCUCCGACAAGCCUGGCAAACACACCUUCUGUCCUUUUUUACCCUUCUUCCACUUAGGUCUGACGUCACGACUGCGGAGCAAGGGGACUGUGUGCCCCAGCAGUUUCUGGCUUGAGUUGCAGCUGGAGGGUGUGGAAACCCCCCCCCCCAUUGCACGAUGGCCUGACAAGUCGCACAGAUUCUCUUCCACCCCUGCCAAACUCCUUGCACUUCCAACAGCCACUAAAGGUGGUUUCUUCCAAUAUGUACCCCGCUGACUUUCUUUUUCUUCCAGGGAGUGUGUUUGGAUGGGUUCUGGGGAGGGGGCUUCCCAUAAUCUAGGCUUGCUCUUGUUAGGACUUCUCUGAGGAGGAGGAGGAGGAGGAGGUGGUGGUGGUGCUGGGAUUGGGGCUCAGUUCUGGCGGCGGCAAAUGUCAUUCCGCCAAUCCGGCGGAGCGCACCCGGUGCUGGCCUGCGGCAACAGUGGCCAUUCUUGGGGGGGGAGUGUUGCAUGCGCAUCGUAUGGACCACUGGACUGAUCCUGCAUCUGCUGGGAGGUG